ACGGUCCGUUUCGCUACACCGAGCCAAGACGGUGCGUUUUAUCCUUCAAAAUUUCCCAACCUCUCGUCUCUAUACUCUGCAUAAACCCUAAAAUUGAACCCUCCAACAUCCCACAAUCCAUCUCUCUAUAUCGGCCUCUCUCCAGUCCUGUCAAGUUGCUGAAUUUAUGAUACAUAUACUUUUAGAAGAGGCAAAAUGGCGUUUCGAUACCUACAGAGUAUUUGAAAAAUCAAGCAAUCAGUAGAACCCAGCUAUAAGAAGGUUUACGCUCACUUGUAAGUUCUAGCAUAAUCAAUUAUGAUUGCGUUUCUCUGUAGAAGAACACUACAAAUACCAGUUCCUACUUGUAGGUUUUCACCGAUAAGCUCCAUAAUCCAACUUGGUUGUAUGCAAGAUGGGUUAUUAUUUAGUGUUAGAUCUCUGUCAACAUUAUUGAAAUCUAUGGACUGUAAACAGAAGAAAUAUUCUUAUGCAGUGUCUUAUCUUGUAAACUCAUGUGGGUUUGCCCUGGAAUUUGCUGAAUCUAUAUCUAAGAAGGUAAAAUUUGAAUCCCCUGAUAAACCGGAUGAAGUGGUUAGCCUUCUCACAGAGUACGGGUUCACGAAAGACCACAUCUCCAGGCUUAUUAGGAGAAGACCCCAGCUGCUUUUGGCCAAUCCUACGACGAACCUUUUGCCCAAACUGGAGUUUCUACGUUCAAUUGGUGUUUCAAUCUCAGAUCUUGGUCAGAUGCUGUCUGGUAACCCUGAUUUAUUGUGCCGGAGCUUAGAACAUUUUCUCAUUCCUUGCUAUAAUAUCCUCAAAAGUGUACUUAUUUCUGAUGAAAAAUUGGUCAAGGCUUUGAAGCGCUCAAACGGGAUUGUUGUUUCCUCAUUGCCUGAGAAUUUGUCAGUUAAUUCAUUAAUCCUAAGAGAAAAUGGAGUGCCUCAAUCUAUCAUCUCUUAUUUGUUGAUCUAUAAACCUUCCGUGGCAUGCAUGAAGCCUGCCAAAUUUAGGCAACUUGUUAACAAGGUUAUUGAUAUUGGAUUUGACCCUCUGAAGUCUACAUUUGCACAUGCACUGGUAUUUGUGUCUUUUCCUAAUGUCUGGGAGCGGAAGAUAGUGUUUUAUAGGAGUUGUGGCUUAUCAGAAGAUGAAAUAUGGUUGGCUAUCAGAAAGUUUCCCUUGUGUAUGAAUUUCUCAAUUAAGAAAAUUAGAAACACCAUGGAUUUUCUUGUGAACAAGAUGGGUUGGCUGCCUGGAGAUGUUGCCAGAGUUCCAAGUGUAUUAUGUUAUAGUUUGGAGAAGAGGAUUGUUCCAAGGUGUUCAGUUGUAAAAGUUUUGAUAUUGAAAGGUUUGAUCAAGGGAGAUAUUAAUUUAUCUACUGUGUUGACAGCCACUGAGAAGUACUUCCUGGAUUUGUUUGUGAUAAAGUAUCAGGAAGAGGUACCUCAACUCUUGAGUAUCUUCCGAGGAGAAAUAAAUAUUGUGGAAUUUGGAUUUGGAUUUGAGUAAAAACCAUCCGUAGUUUCCCCCUUACCCGAUGCUGGGUAAUUGCGGCUUAGCUUUAUUGGACUUUUAACUGCUGGCUGUAGACUGUCUCUAAUGUGGUUCUCUUGUAAGUGGUUUUACUACAUACCUUCAUUUUAUUAGAGAUAUUUGAGGUAUUGGUAGGGAAGUCAUAGGUCCGGAUAACUCAACUGCCUUGCAGCGCUCUAAAGGUUUCCAAUGCUUCAGUUCAGUGUCUUAUUUUCAUUGAAGAACUCUCUGCCAUCAAUCUGAUAAUGAUGAAUCAUAGUUAAGAAUAUUAAAAGUUUUGCUUACCUGUCCUAUCUUCUUUUUCCUGAUGAUUUGCCGGAGUUUUCAUGUUAUCUAUCCUCUUUUAUGCACUUUGUGCCUUAUUUUAUAAACGUGCAACACCAACA